UUGGUAGGUGGUGUACGUAAAUGCAAUGAUAAUUGUACCUUCCUAAAAAACAAUACAAUUUGCCCUCUCUGCCAAACAACCAAAAGCCCUGAGUUUAAAACUUGAAAAACCCUGGUGUCUCCAUAAACCUCAAUUUCAAGCAACAAUCAAGAUUGAUUGACACAGAGAAGAAUCUACAAGAACUAAUCAAAUGGAUGAUGGAGAAGGAGGAUUAAGCUUUGAUUUUGAAGGUGGCUUAGACACAGGGCCAACACACCCAACUGCAUCUGUACCAGUAAUACAAUCUGCUGACCACAUCACCACCGGUCCCGCCCCAAAUGCUUCUGCGGCUUUAGUCCCAACAGGCGGCGGCGGUGGGGGGCAAGGAGGAGAUGGUUCAUUUGUUGGAAAUCGUAGAAGUUUCAGGCAGACUGUUUGUAGACAUUGGCUGCGGUCGCUGUGUAUGAAGGGUGAUGCUUGUGGUUUCCUUCACCAGUAUGAUAAGUCCCGGAUGCCCGUUUGCAGGUUCUUUCGCCUCUAUGGAGAGUGUCGUGAGCAAGAUUGUGUUUAUAAGCACACCAAUGAGGACAUCAAAGAGUGUAACAUGUAUAAAUUAGGAUUUUGUCCGAAUGGUCCUGAUUGCCGAUAUAGACAUGCAAAGCUGCCUGGACCUCCACCUCCAGUGGAAGAAGUUCUUCAGAGAAUUCAGAAUUUGACAUCCUAUGGUUACUCAAACAGGUUUUUUCAAAAUCGGAAUACUAAUUAUUCAACUCAGGCAGACAAAUCUCAAAUUCCGCAAGUACAUAAUGUAAUGAAUCAACCAGUGAAAUCUACAGCAGCAGAGCCACCCAUUGGCCAACCGCACCAGCCGCAUCAACAGCAAGUUCAACAGCCUCAACAUCAGGGUGCCCCAACUCAAACACAAACCCUUCCCAGCAGCCAGCAAAAUCAGGCUGAUAGAACUGCAAUACCCCUGCCUCAAGGACCAUCUAGGUACUUUAUAGUUAAAAGCUGCAACCGUGAGAAUCUUGAAUUGUCAGUACAACAAGGUGUUUGGGCAACUCAACGAAGCAAUGAGGCUAAACUAAAUGAAGCUUUCGACUCUGUGGAAAAUGUCAUUCUAAUUUUUUCAAUCAAUCGGACUAGGCAUUUUCAGGGUCUUGCAAAAAUGACAUCUAGAAUUGGUGGUGCUGCUAAAGGAGGAAAUUGGAAGCAUGAACAUGGAACUGCACAUUAUGGACGGAAUUUUUCUGUGAAAUGGUUAAAGCUCUGUGAACUGUCCUUCCAGAAAACUCGUCAUUUGAGGAAUCCAUACAAUGAGAACUUACCUGUGAAGAUAAGCAGAGAUUGUCAAGAAUUAGAGAUCUCUGUUGGUGAGCAGUUGGCUUCUUUGCUCUAUCUAGAACCAGACAGUGAACUUAUGGCAAUCUCACUAGCUGCAGAAUCCAAGCGAGAGGAGGAAAGAGCAAAGGGAGUAAACCCUGAUAAUGGGAAUGAGAACCCAGAUAUAGUACCUUUUGAAGACAAUGAAGAAGAGGAAGAAGAAGAAAGUGAAGAGGAUGAUGAUGAUGAGGGCUUUGGUCAAGCUUUUGGACCAGCUGCUUUGGGCAGAGGAAGGGGUAGGGGAAUCGUAUGGCCUCCUAUAGUUCCUCCUUUUGGACGUGGAGCCAGGCCUUUCCCUGGGAUGCGAGGCUUCCCUCCAGGCAUGAUGAGUGAUGGAUUUUCCUAUGGAUCAAUGACACCUGAGGGUUUUCCUAUGCCCGAUCCUUUUGGAAUGGGCGGCCGACCUUUUGGACCAUUUGGCCCUCGAUUCCCUGGUGAUAUGAUGUUUCACAGCCGUCCUCCAGCUGCUGGUGGAUUUGGGAUGAUGAUGGGUCCAGGAAGGCCCCCUUUCAUGGGUGGAAUGGGUCCUGGAGCAACUGCUCCACCUAGAGGUGGUCGACCAAUGGGAAUGCAUCCAUCAUUUAUUCCACCCCCACCACAGACCUCUCAAAAUCCUAGGGUCAAAAAGGAUCAGAGAGCUCCGGUUAAUGAAAGGAACGAUAGAUUCAGCUCAGGUCCAGACCAAGGUAGGGGUCAAGAGAUUGCAGGCUCAGUUGGUGGACCAGAUGAAGGAGUACGUUAUCCACAAACUGAAAACAGCUUUAGAAAUGAUGAAAGUGAGAGCGAGGAUGAAGCACCUAGAAGGUCCAGACAUGGUGAUGGAAAGAAAAAGAAGCAUAGCAUGGAUGGAGAUGCUAUAAUUGGCACAGAAAAGUGAAUCUUAUGAGAAAUUCUGAAGAAGCCAUCUUGCCUCUGCAAAUGCAAAUGCCUGGCAUAUCUCUAUACCGGGAAAACACAUUAUGACUAGUUUUUGAAGUGGAAACCCAGCAAUUAGUGUCCUCAGAUUGUAUACUACAUGUGAUAUCCCAUUCCGGCCUUCACUAGUUCUUUGCUUGCUUACAUUUUUCCCAACUGAUAAAAUUGCAAACUUGAGUUUGUGUCAGUAGUUUACAAGAAAUAUGGUCUUUAUUUUGCAAACAUAUUUGCUUCCGUCUUACUGUAAACACUGAUUUACAGAUUACAGUUACAGGUUAGAUUAGGUACAACUGAGCUGGGCUUUAUUAUUUUGGCAAGGUCCUGCCUUCUGUUAGAGAAGCUGAAGCAUGAAAUGUUGAUGAGAAGUCCUGUAACAUGAUUAGAAGUUGAUGGAUUUAUUGAUUACUUUCUAACUA